UGCGACUUCUCUAGCUGUGGUUGCAGUUGGAGCGGAGGCUGCUUAACAGUUGGUUGCUAGGCUAUACGCUACUCGAGCAGCUUACAAAGCCGUCAGAUAAAUUUCGUACGCUGCCGUGUUAGAAGCUCGUGCUUGGACGCUUCUGCUAGUUACGAUCCAUAUCGAUCUGCUUCUAGGGCUCGAUCUGACAGCACAUAACUAACCAUCUCCGAUCAGACAUGAUUCAUGCGGGAUUUACUUUACCUUUACUGCUACUCCGGCUGCUGCUGCUGCUGCUGCUGCUGCUGGUCGGCGCUAGCCAGUCGACGCCAUCAAUAGUUGUCGGCCAAAAGGCCUUGAUUGUGUGCGGCGGCAGCUUGGGCUGCCUCAAGGGCAUCUACAUGCCGGGCUAUCAGAUCAAGCGCUUCGAGGCAUUUCUCGGCAUACCCUACGCCCUGCCGCCCCUAGGAGAGCUGCGCUUCAGUAAUCCAAAGGUAAUGCCCAAGCUGCGUGGCAUUUACAAUGCAAGCGUUGCCAAGGCGGACUGCAUACAGAAGAACUAUCUGCUGCCCACGCCGCUUAUCUAUGGCGAGGAGGACUGCCUGUACCUGAAUGUGUAUAGGCCGGAGCGUCGUUCCAGGCAGCCGUUGCCUGUCAUGGUCUAUAUACAUGGCGGUGGCUUCUUUAGUGGCUCUGCUGGGCCACAGCUGACUGGACCCGAGUACUUCAUGGAUUCGGGUGAGGUGAUCCUGGUCAGCAUGGCCUAUCGCCUGGGCGCCUUGGGUUUUCUGUCCACGCAGGACGCAGCUGUGCCUGGUAACUUCGGCCUCAAGGAUCAGCAGCUGGCGCUGCGUUGGGUGCAGCGGCACAUCAAGUUCUUUGGCGGCGAUCCACGUCGUGUGACGAUCUUUGGCCAGAGCGCGGGAGGCGUGGCCACGCACUUGCAUAUGCUGAGCGCCAGGUCGGCCAGCCUGUUCCAGCAGGUGAUCAGCAUGAGUGGAACUGCCAAUGUGCCCUUUGCCAUAGAGCUGGAGCCACUGCAACAGGCGCGUCGCACCGCCGAGCUCUGCCAGGUGGAGAAUGCCCAGAAUCUUAGCACGCCCAAGCUGGCGCGCGCUCUGCGCGCUGUCGAUGUGCAAACCCUGAUAAAUGCUGGGGAUGGUCUGAAAUUUUGGGACGUGGAUCACAUGACCAACUAUCGGCCGGUGGUGGAGCCCAGCUCCGAGGAGGCCUUUCUCACCGUCCAUCCAAAGCAGCUGCUGGCCGAGGGCAACUAUCAGCAAGUGCCCUGGCUGCUGAGCACUGUGCCCCAGGAGGGAGCCGUGCGCGUAGUCAACAUAAUGGAGAACGUGACGCUGCGGCAGGAUUUCAAUGGACGGUUCGAUGAGCUGCUUCAAGAGCUGCUCGAGCUGCCCAAGGAGUUCAGCGCGGAGCAACUGGCCCAAACUAUGCAGUUAGUGAUUGAAAAGUACUUUCACAAUACACACGAACUCAAUGAGCUGACUGUACAGGGCUUCCUCGAUCUCAUCUCCGACAGAGGCUUCAAGCAACCGCUAUACAAUGCCAUCUGGCAUCACUUGAGCAAGGUGCACGCUAGCCAGAAGCCACUGUACUUGUAUAGCUUCAACUACCAGGGCCCCGUCAGCUAUACCUCCGUCUAUACCAGCGCCAAUGUGGGCCCCAAAUACGGCGUCGUCCAUUGCGACGAUCUGAUCUAUCUCUUCCGUAGUCCCAUGCUCUUUCCCGACUUCCCGCGCAACUCCACAGAGGCGCGCGUUAUCGAAUCCCUCGUGGGCUACUUUGUGCACUUCGCCAAGUUAGGAAAACCCAGAAACGCGGAAACUCUGAGUCGGUGCACGGAAGCCGUUUUGAAGUCACGACCCGAAGGCAUCUGCGAUCAUCACGUGUUCGAAAAUGCGUCCAACGAUCCGGAACAAUUCGAGGUGAACGUUUCGCAAAAGUUUCGCUCGACAAGCGCCAAGUUCUGGAAUGAGAUACUAGAUGAGCCAAAGCGUUACUAAAACCAGAUAACCACAAAGCAAAGCAAAACAAAACAAAACAAAACUAAUUUAUUUAAUUUAAU